AUGAUACGGUGGCGGUAUUGCUUGGUUCUUGCCAUGCUGCUGCUUCUGCCCACAAGGAAUGGCUCAAAAAUAGAUGAUGACGACGAUGAAGAUCGGAAUGAUGAAAAUGAGGAAGAAGACGAUGAUGACGAAGACGAAGAAGAAGAAGAGGUUACAGAGAAGACGGAACACAUGGCGGGCAGGCGGGCGCCGGCGAUCUUACCCAGUCCGAAGUCGGUGCUCGCCACGAGGACACUCAAGAAGAGACCGCUAGAGUGCUACGUUUGCGCUUACAAAAAUGAAACCCCACUCAGAGCUUGUCUAGACCCGACUAAAUAUAGGGUACAUACAAUAACAUGUCACAGUUCCGAGGACAAAUGCUUUACUUCUGUGAUAUCAAAAGGUGCUUCAUAUGAAGCUGUCGUACGAGGAUGCAGAUCAGGAUGCGUUGGAUCACCAGAGACCACUUGUUGCGAGUUGAACCGUUGCAACAAUCAAGCGUUUGCGAUGCCGGUAGUGCCUUCGCCUCGAGCGCUCAUGUCGUCAGACACCAGGAAGGUCGUGCAGCCCACUGUGUUGUUCUUCGUCACCAUUCUUCUUCUCCUACAAACAGUGGUCAAAGUUGCAGUCGUAUAA